UCUCGAAUUCCGACAUGACAGGUCAACCUGAACCUUUUCAGGUGCACCUGAUAGUCGAGCGCACUGACAACAUUCUUGCUCAUAUCCACGAAUUCUAUCAACAGAGAAGACUUGGUUAUCCAGUUGCAUGAAAGUAUAAACAAAGUAUUUAUCCGACCUGGCCUUAUCAUAACUUGACCAGUUUCUAAGUGGGUCACGUUGAAAAGUUGGUGCACUGCAUCAAUAUAGCUGAUAAUAUUGUUAGUGAGUGGAUCAGGCAGAAAAUAGCAGAUAUGUCAGUGUUAUUGAGAUUAAGACCAUUGGGUCUGUUACAGUAUUCAAAAACAGAAGUUAAUGUCUUUUCUAAGAAACUUGAACUAUCAUUUUGUGUUGCAAGUAGUAAUGCCACACGACACAAAUAUUCAACUAACAGUGGAAGAAACAACGGAACUGCUGUGUUUGACUAUGAAAAAGAAAGGAAAAAUUUCAGACUAGAUGUACCAAAAUAUUUUAAUUUUGCUGCAGAUGUCAUAGAUAGUUGGGCUGAAAAAGAAAGAACAGGGAAGCGUGAUAUAAGUAUACCAGCAUUUUGGUGGAUUGAUGAUAAAGGAAGUCAAUUACAAUGGAAUUUUCAAGAAUUAUCGUCUAAUUCCAAAAGGGUAGCUAGAUUAUUAACAGAAGAGUUUGAACUAUCAAAGGGAGAUAAAUUAAUUCUUAUAUUAUCUCGGAUACCAGAAUGGUGGUUAAUUAAUUUAGCAUGUAUUAGAGCAGGUAUUAUUUUAAGUGCUGGUACAACCUUACUAAGAGCUCAUGAUAUUCAACAUAGACUGCUAGCAUCACAAGCUAAAUGUAUCAUUACAGAUUCUAAUAUAGCUGAUAUGGUUGACAAAGUGAUUGAUAAUUGUCCAGAUGUAUUAAAUAAAGUUGUAGUUGCCGAUAAAACGAGGGAUAACUGGAAGAAUUUUAAUUUGCUGCUUCAAAAAUAUGACAACAAAUUUAAGGAUGUACAAACAUUAUCCAGUGAAACAAUGAUGUUAUUUUUUACCAGCGGUACAACAGGUGCACCAAAGAUGGCCGAACAUACACAUUCAAGUUAUGGUAUAGGUCAUAAAAUCACAGCAGAGUAUUUCUUGAGACUAACUUCAAAGGAUGUGAUUUGGAAUAUGUCGGAUACAGGUUGGGCUAAAUCUGCUUGGAGUAAUUUGUUUGCUCCGUGGACUAAUGGUUCUUGUGUAUUUAUUCAUCAUUCAGUGAAAUUUGAUGCUCGAGUCAUGCUUCAGAAUUUAUGUAAAUUCCCAAUAAGUCAUUGCUGUACAGCACCAACAGCCUACCGAACAGCAGUCAAAUUACCACUAUGUGAAUAUAAAUUUCAUAGUUUGAAAUAUUGUUUUGGUGCUGGUGAACCUGUUAAUCCGGAAUUAAUAGAAGAAUGGCAAGAUGGAACGGGUUUAAGAUUAUAUGAAGGUUACGGACAAACUGAAACUACUUUUCUCUGUGGAACUAAUUAUCCUGGUAUGGAAUAUAGAGCUGGUUCUAUGGGCAAACCUCCUCCUGGUUACGACUUACAAAUAGUUGAUGAUGAAGGGAAUAUUUUACCACCUGAACAAGAGGGGAAUAUCGCUGUCCGCUGUAAACCAGAUAAACCAGUUGGACUGUUCACUAAAUAUUUGGAUGAUUCAAAUAGAACUAAGUCUGUGUUUGUUGGAGAUUUUUAUCUAACAGGAGAUAGAGGUAAAGUAGAUGAUGAUGGCUACUUUUAUUUUAUAGGACGAGCUGAUGAUGUCAUACUAUCUGCUGGAUAUCGUAUUGGACCUUUUGAAGUAGAGAGUGCUUUGUUAGAACAUCCUUCUGUGUUAGAGUCAGCUGUAGUUAGUAGUCCUGAUGAUACUAGAGGAGAGAUUGUGAAAGCAUUUGUAAUACUUACUGAUAAAUAUAAAACCACCAACCAAUCAGAUUUAAUUAAAGAACUACAGAACCAUGUUAAACAAUCAACAGCUCCAUAUAAAUAUCCUAGAAAGAUUGAAUUUGUGGAAAAUUUACCAAAAACUGUGAGUGGUAAAAUAAGACGAGUGGAAUUACGAAAUAAAGAAUGGGGAAAAAAUUGAUAUUUUGGUUGAUCAGUUGCCUUACAUUGAUUGAUGAGUAUUGGUUAAUACUAUCCUGCACACAUAAUCAUUAUGUAACACUCCCUUUUGUUUUAUUCAUUUUAUUGAUUUAACAUUUUUAAUAGCAAAGGGUGAGUAUAUUGAAAUCAAAGAAAAUUAGAAGACUUCCAAUAUUUAUGUCCAAUUCAAGAAAAUGAUCUUUUAUUUUCUUUAUUAUCAACAAUAACUAGGACUUUGUUGAAGGAUGUAUUCAGUAAAAAGACACUUACGUUACAUUUGUAUGGAAGUUCAACAGAGCUGCAAAAUAAAUAGAUAGAACUCAAUGACCAUUGAAUACCGCUCGGGUUAUUCAAUGGUUCAAGAGAGUGUCAGGAAUACACUCGAGUGUACCAUUGAAUAACCUGAGCAGUAUUCAAUGGUCAUUGAGUUCUUUUUUUAUUCUAUAACUACAUGUAAAUCUCAAAAUACACUGUACUAUCCAUAUUAUCAAAAACAAAAUCACAAAUAGCGUUAAAAUUCGUCAUAGGUUCCGCCCUUUUUUCGUUCUUUUUUUUUUACAAAAAUUGUGGUUCCUAGUGUUGACGUCAUUACGGUUUGACGUAAUUCUGAAAGUGACGUCAUUCUGGACAAAAGUAGUAUGUGUUGAAGUCAUUGAAUACAACCAUAGGUUAUUCAAUGGCAGUAUUCAUUGGCUGUAUUCAAUGAUAUUUGCUUGUAUUUGCAUGUAGUUAUAGAAUAAAAUGUUUAAUUAAUAGCACAUAAUGCUGAAACUUAAAUAUGAUGUAUUUUCCCAUUUUUAUAUGCUCGCAAUGGGAUUUGGUUAACCUAGCAGUUUAUGCAUUGACCUAGGAACUUCAAAGUCUGUGACCCAAAAAUGUAUGUGAUUGUGUAGUUUUAGUUGGUGAGCUACAAGCUCAAGCACCUAGCACUUUCAAAUACUUAAGCUUAAUGUUGAUGCACCAUUGUAUGCAAUUUCUAGAACACAUCAAAAGGUAUAUAUUUUUCUAAACUGAACCCUUAUUUUUUGCUGUACCUUCUCUUCUUAAUCCUAAGCUUUAGGUUCUUAGAUAUAUGUUUCCGGAAGAAAAAAUGUAGGUAGGUAGGUAGCAAAUAAACACCAUUGGUGUUACAGGUUAACAGUGCAGAAAUGAACUAUCAGUUUUUAAGGUAGGUGCAUUUUUUCCUAACGGGUUUCAGAAUUUAAUUAUCAUAUAACUUGUUUUCUUUAUAUUGGUGCAAAAGGUAGAAUAUAUACCCCUUCUACAAUAUAAGUGAAAUCUAUAUCAGAUUCUUUAUUUGUUAUAGCCCAAAUCAGGCAUUGAUGAUUACAUCAGUGCUUAAUAUUAUAUAUUAUACUCAUUUUUAUACACACACAUUGAAAUGUGGUCCUAUAUUGUCAUGGCCCCCGUCCGUCCGUCCGUCCGGCGGUUCGGCGUCUUGUGGACGCUCUAGAGGCUUAAUUUAAUUUCCAGUUGACUUUAAAUUUAUACACAGUGUUUAAGGUCAUGAGACGAAGAAGCCUGUUGAUUUCCGAUAAUUACUGUCAGAGUUAUGGCCCUUGAUCACUUUGAAAAAUCUGUGGACGCUCUAAGAGGCUAAAGUUAAUACCCAAUUGACUUUAAAUUUAUACACAGUGUUUAAGGUUGUGAGACGAAAAAGCCCAGUGAUUUUCAAUGAUUUCCGAUAAUUACUACAAGAGUUAUGGCCCUUGAUCACUUUGAAAUAAUCUUGUGGACGCUCUAGACGCUAAAGUUAAUAUCUAAUUGACUUUAAAUUUAUACACAGUGGUUAAGGUUGUGAGACAAAGAAGUCCAGUGAUUUUCAAUGAUUUCCGAUAGUUACUACAAGAGUUAUGGCCCUUGAUCACUUUAAAAAACGAAAGUUAUCAUUGACUUUAGAGUGAUACACAAAGUUUAAGGUCUUGACACGAACAAGUAUAUUGAUUUUCAAUGAAUUUUGAUAAUUUAAACAGCUAAAUCCAUGAUAUUACAUGUUUUGUAUACAAAACGUUAGCAUGGGGCAGAACUGAAAGCCAAACAAAUUCUAAUGAUUUUCUGAUAAUUAAUGAAUUGUCAAUCUUAAUCAGAUUUUAGUAUUAUAAAUGUUUCAUUACCGACAAUAGAAAACAUAUGCCACAACUCUUGUUGACUGCUCGGAUGACUUAGCUGCUGUGGGCAUAUGUUUCGUUGCAUGGCAACCUAUCUUAUAGUUAACUCAUACAUUAUGCAUCAGUUUAUGUUGAUGAUUACACCAGUGUCUAACAUUAUACUUUUUUAUACAUGUAAUUUACUCGUGUUUAUACGUCAGUUUAUGUAUUAUAUAUCUGUUUAUAUUGUUAUAUUAACUCUUGUAUUAAAUAUCAGUUUAUAUUGUGAUAUUAACAAAUGUAUUAUCUAUAUCAAUUUAUACUGUUAUAUUAACACUUGUAUUAAAUAUCAGAUUCUAUUGUGAUAUUAACUCAUGUAUUAAGUAUUAGUGUUUAUAUUGUUAUAUUUUUUUGUCUAUAAUUUACCAGAAUUAUAUAUUGUUAUCUUUUAUAUAUAUUUCAAUAAUUAAAGCCACUGAUAGUCAUUUGCAUUUUUUGAAAAUAUCAAAAGUUUCAGGGCUUAAUCCACCAACAUAUACAAAGAUUGAUUAUUAAACAAAUCAAAACAAUAAUAUCGACUGUGCAUAAUAGCACGGGCUUGGAUUUAAUGAGAUGAAAAAUAGGCCCAUCAAACGAUUUAUAGGUGGCAGGUGGCACUAUAUCAUCUGUAAACUGCAGAGGAUGUUGAAUGUUGUGAACUUUUCAAUUGUUCAUAAUUUUUAUUUGUAAAUACUGAACCGAAUUGAAGAAUUACUGAUAUUCCAUUUAGAGAUUCAACUACAUGUAUAACGGUAUUGUAGUGAAGGGAGUUCAAAACCCUCAAUUGAAAAGCAGCAGAUAUAUUCACCAGCUUGGUUUAAUAUAAAUUAUGUUACACUAGUAUGAUAUAUUGUUAUGUUUAUAUAUGAGACAAAGUUAAAAGUGGUAUAUUAUGCUGCUGUAAUCUGUGAAGAAUUGUUUGAUUUAUUUCUUUUUAGUGGAAUUUACUUUUUUAAAAAGAUAAUAAUAUUGUUUUGCUCAAAUCAGAAUAUAUGUAAAUGAUUAUAUUAGUUAUAUUAAAAAUAAAUGAUUGAGU